AUGAUCGAUGCCACGUUAAAUAUCUCUAUGAACCUGUACACUACAAAUCCAAAGACCGAAAUUUUCUCCGGCACCUAUGUCAUUGGAUCCUUUGCCUCGGAAGCGAUCAUCAUGGCGCGAACGCUAGCAUUGUACGAUUUUUCAUAUUUCGUCGUUUUUGCAAUGAGCGCAACUGGCCUCGGCAUCGUUAUUCCCUCUAUCAUCAUAUGCUACUCGUUCCUCACGAAGAUUACCUACCCGGACGCUGCAAUUCUACACCUCAUCGGCGGGUGCAUACCCACUGUAGAGGACCGGCCGGUUUGGGUGUUGUAUAUGUGUCUGAUAAUAUCGGAGACGGGUGAGUCCGAGUCUGCCCCGUCUACUCACGUGGACAAAACUCAUCGGUCUCCGCUGGUGCACACCAUGUACCGCGAUGGAGCCCUCUACUACAUACUCCUACUAGCGGUCUCGGUCCUAAACCUAUGCUUCAUGCUACUUGCACCGCAAGCAGCCUCGGGCCUUAUACAAAUGCCCUUCCGAAUCAUCCACAGCGCUCUAUGCAGCCGCGUCCUUCUCAACCUGCGCAAGGUCGCUGCGAAGCUGACGGACAUGAGCAUCGAAGACUUUCGCCAGAGCCGUAUCGCGUUUGGACCGGGCAUUCUCGACCGCCAACAUUCGUCCUACCUGAUGGAUCUUGAGCUGGAUACGCUUGAGGACUACAGGUGA